GCUUGCUGUGCGGUCUGUGUGCCUCUGAUCGUGGAAAACGUCUGUGCCAGAGCAUGAUAAUUACGCAAAGCGAGACACUUUAAAACGUAGCUAGAAAGUUUUAAAGCUUCGACCAAACAUUAACGUUUCCUAAAAACUUAAGUAGCCGCUAAAGAGGAAAAGCCAACAUGAGGCUUUGUUUGAGUGCUUCUGUUUUACUUCUUUUUCUUGUUUCUGGAACUUUAACGCAAGGGUUUGACCUGUCCGAUGCUGUUGAUGAUGUCACACAAAAGCCCAAAGAGAUCACGAAGGCUCCAGAGAAACCUAAAGCUGAUGGUGAACUAGACCUUUCUGAUGCAUUUGGACCAGAUGAGGUAACGACGAAGGCACCCAAGAAACCGAGUUCUGGAGGUUCAGAUGGUGGAACUUUUGAUGACAAAGACUUGUUCGACAUUGGUGGUGGUGGGGACUACAAGCCUGAUGGAGGCCGGUCAGGAGGCCGUGCAGUGGACCCAGGCCACGAUCCUCAGGGUGGUGCUGAUCAGCCUCAAGCUGAAUCUGGGAAGAUCGCAGGAAUUGCGAGUGCCAUAGGAGUCGCUCUGUUGGGAGCAGCAUCCAGUUACUUUGCUUACCAGAAGAAAAAGCUCUGCUUUAAGCUGCAGGGAGGUGCAGAUCCAGAGAGCGGUAAAGAGCAGCAUGGUACUCAGUCUGAUCCUCAAGUUUUCAGCAACCUGCUCAAGUCAUCCUAAACCCCUCCUGCACCCACAAGACAAGUCAGUGGCCUUCUUCACAGAACUCAACUUCAUCAUCUUCCAGUCAGCUGUCAUUUGUCGUCUUUGGUCAGAAAAUUAGACUCUCUCUGGGUCUUACUGUAUUUUAAACCAUAAAUACAACUUAAACUGAAAAUAAAGUUAGUUAGAAAUAUCGUUUAUUUUCUUUUGAUUUUUAACAAAACUUAAAUCCUAGAUGUUGUUCAGUGAUGAUUUCAACAGGCAGUGGUUUUGCACAGAGCUUAGUUUGUGUGGAACUUCUUCUGUAAACAUGAAUACGUUGUGUUGUUUUGUCUUUUAAACUCUGACACUAUAGUUUUUGCAAAUAAAUAUGUGUGAUUAGUUUAACAUAGUUGCUCCUGGGUGGGGUUUACUGCAUCAUACAAGUGGAAUAAAAAGAAAAGAUUCUCUCCUGUGAUGGUCCAAACUGAAACCUGAGCGGACCCCACCCAGCUGGCAUCUAAGAAGGAUCCUGAGGUAUUUUGGCUUAGAACGGAUGUCAAGUAUUUUCUUUAGCACCUUAAAUCCUAAAGGGUUUUUUCCCCCAAACCAGGUGAUUUGCUCAGGUGUUGAGAUAUUUUCUUUUACUUUUUUUUUUUUGUGAACCAACCAUUUAAUGCAGAGUCUGCCUUAACCGUGCACCGUAAAUUCUCAAAUAGAAGCCUUUACUCAAGUAACGACGAGGGCCGUGGCCAGCGCAAACAAAUCAAGGCUGUUAAAUAACUUGUACCUGUACCCUGGUGGCUCACAUGUCAUGUCAUACUCACCUUCCCGCUGCUCUGUGUUUAUCACAAAGUCACUAAUUCACUCCAAUGACUUCUACUUUUUUUCAGUCGUUAAGCGACUGUUAAUGAAAGUGAAGACUUCUUCCUGCAGAUGUUUCAAACUAAACCCAAGGCAGUGAUGGAGGGAAAUCAUUAGUGAUUCAAAACAUUAUUUCUAUUGGGUCAGAGAAGCUCAGAGAAACAGAGUGGUGAGUUUGACAUGGCUGUGAAAACACGGAGGAAGUGACGAGUUCGGCACAAAACGACAAAUUCCUGAAACACAGUAAAAUUAAAGCCUCUUUCAGAUGAAGGUCAGGUUCUAUCUGCAGUUGAGGCAGCUAUUUGAGAAUUUACAGUUAUUCUAUCUACAGCAUAACACAAGUGUUUUAAGUUGUUGUGUUGACAUGAUCAUCAUAGAGCUGGAUCUGAAUCCAGCAGAAGGAGCUUUAAUUAAUAUGAAAUGCUGAUUGUGAUGCGAGCAGAUGGAGUUUAUGAAACACAAAGCCGACACAUCUAAUAAAUUGUACACAAUGUUAGUGAGGUGUCAUUGGAAGUGAGAUGGCUUAUCAUGUAAAUGUAACUUACAGUACAGGAAUCCGCUUUUUGUUUGUCGUCAUGUUGGGGAUUGAGCCAACAUAAGUCUACUGCAAAAUACAUUUUCUCUCUGUGAUUUGAUUCCUUCUUUAAAUCAAAUUUUCUUAAAGCUGCAGUAAUCAGUGUUUUUUUAUAUUAACAGCGAUUAAAGUGACUAUGUGAAAUGUGGUGCUUGUGAACCCACAGAUAAUUCCCCUUUUUAUUUAGCUUGUUAAUUUGGUUUUAAGGCCCAGGAAUAUUUCUCAUCAAAGUUAGAAACUAGCUGGUGUGCACACAGAGCAUUUAGAAGAUGAAGAGCCAGAUAUGAGUUACAUUCAGCAAGCAGACACAAACGCAAUUCUGAUGUUGCUCUCUGUGUACUCAGUGUGUAAAUAGUCAACUAACAUCUUAUCCAGAACCGCUUUAUAGGUUUAAAUGAUGUGUUCCACUGCCCUCUAGUGAUCAAAAAUAAUUAAUGCAAGUAAUAUUAGACAACAACAAACAAACAAAAUAUUGGACAGAAAUGACCUGAUCUUUUGCAGUCCGCGUAUUUGAUCAGUUUUAUUACUCAGCUUUUAAUCACUUUCUGCUUGUCUUUGUAGAGGAGUAACGCUCUUUCAUCCUCAAUUAUGAUCAUCAACAAGUACUCUGCAUUGUGUUAUUCAUGGUCGUUCUCUCAGACUCGCCCAUGUGUCAUCACUAUAUGAGCACAUAAAGUAGCUAUAAUCACAUCAGAACGAUUGUAUCAGAGGAUUCUGAUUAGUAUGAUGCUAAAAUAUUCAAAUUAGUUGCACCGUUGAGAGCUGUAAAUACUUAAGAAUAAUGUGUAUAGAUGCCCUUUGCUUUAGGCUUGAUGCUGCAUUGUGCUUUGGAUCUCAGUUUGAAGUGCAUUUUUUGGAGACUUUUGUAUUAGAAUUUAUCUCAGUUUUACAAGCAUAGACUUAAGCCGGGUAUAUUACAUCUGAUGAUUGGAUCAAUGUUACUUUUGUGAGUGGAUUUAAAGUGUGUGUACAUGUUUUAAUAAAAGUUGUGUUUUACAGUUGA